AAAGCUUCAGCUCGCGCUUGCGUGCAGCCCCGAAUUGGUGUCUUACGGAGGAAGCACAGCAGAGGCGAGAGAGAGUCGAGGGAGGCAGCGUCGCUGUGCGGGGAGAGGGGAUUGCAAGCUGAGCAAUUGGCACGCCGAAAGGCAUUUGGGAAGAGGCUCUCUUUGUUUUGAUUUGCUAGCUAUGGUAGAUCCCCACCUUCUAGGAUUUUGUGUAAAAGCAGCAGAGCUGGUGCAUGAAUCAUAGUCCUGGUGUUUCCUUCCCUCCCGCCCUUUUUCUGUUCGAUUUGACGCAUUGAAUGCAAUGGGGCUCCCCCCCGCCCCCUUUUAAAAAUCGUCUUGCAAGGUGGGGUGGUUUUUCAUCGGAGCGCUCUGAGUGCAUGAAGCAAGCCGAUCCUGCGAAUGGGCUGUGGUGCUUGGCAAAUCGGAUUAGCAGCUGUUAAAUGAAUAGUUGCUUGCGGGGGCGGGAGUUGUGGGAGGCAGCAGAUCUUCUGGUGCAUCCGAUGCAUUUUUAAACAACUCGUCCUCCUCGCUCGGUUGAGAGAGUGGCCUCGAACCUACUUGUUGGGUGGGCAUGAGCCAGAAUGGAAAGCGAUGGAUUUUGUUGCUAUCCUUGCGUGUGGAGGAUAGAAACGUCUUGAUUUCCCCCCUCCAUUCGCGGGACUUUUUCUCGGGGCAGGGUUGCUAGGAGCUGUUUGUAAGCAAUAGAUGCCAGGAGAAAGGUGGAGGUUAUAGGAGAGAUACACAGAUAAAGGGAGGGGGUUUAGCUCUGUCUCUGAAAACGGAGUUCGUGUUUUAUUGGUAGAAAGACCCUCAGACUAAUCCUCCCCCCCCCGCUCCCGUCCGGAGUGGUAGGCAUUGAAAGGAAGGGUCUUUUCUGCAAGGUUGGGAAAGCGCAGCAGCUUCUCCGGUGUCCUCUUCAGCUGGGAAAAAUGGAGGCUGUGAUAGAGAAGGAAUGUAGCGCGCUUGGAGGACUCUUCCAGACCACCAUCAGUGACAUGAAGGGAAGCUAUCCAGUUUGGGAAGACUUCAUAAACAAAGCAGGGAAACUCCAAUCUCAGCUUAGGACAACAGUAGUAGCAGCAGCUGCCUUCUUGGAUGCCUUUCAGAAAGUGGCUGACAUGGCAACCAAUACACGUGGUGCUACCAGAGAAAUCGGUUCUGCUCUGACCAGAAUGUGCAUGAGGCACAGGAGCAUCGAGUCCAAACUCAGACAGUUUUCAAGUGCUUUAAUUGACUGUCUGAUAAACCCACUUCAAGAGCAGAUGGAAGAGUGGAAGAAAGUGGCCAAUCAACUGGAUAAAGACCAUGCAAAAGAAUACAAAAAAGCCCGCCAGGAGAUUAAAAAGAAAUCUUCCGACACGCUGAAACUACAGAAGAAAGCAAAGAAAGCUGAGGCGUUAGGUAGAGGAGAUAUCCAGCCUCAACUGGACAGUGCAUUGCAGGAUGUGAACGAUAAGUACCUUCUUCUUGAAGAAACCGAGAAACAGGCUGUUAGAAAAGCCCUGAUUGAAGAGCGCGGCAGAUUCUGUUCAUUCAUUUCCAUGCUGCGGCCUGUGAUCGAAGAAGAAAUAUCAAUGCUAGGAGAAAUAACCCACCUACAGACCAUAUCAGAAGAUCUGAAAAGCCUCACUAUGGACCCUCACAAGCUGCCAGCUUCAAGUGAGCAGGUAAUUCUCGAUUUGAAAGGUUCCGAUUAUGGGUGGUCCUAUCAGACUCCUCCAUCUUCUCCCAGUACCACCAUGUCCAGAAAAUCUAGUGUCUGCAGCAGUCUGAACAGUGUUAACAGUAGUGACUCCCGGUCAAGUGGCUCGCACUCUCACUCACCCAGUUCACACUAUCGCUACCGCAGCUCCAAUCUGCCUCAGCAGGCACCGAUGAGGCUUUCCAGCGUGUCCUCGCACGACUCUGGAUUCAUGUCCCAGGAUGCUUUUCAGUCCAAGUCUCCGUCCCCGAUGCCGCCAGAAGCGCCCAAUCAGAAUUCGUCCAGCUCGGCCUCCUCAGAAGCCUCUGAAACCUGCCAGUCAGUGAGCGAAUGCAGUUCCCCCACCUCUGUCAGCUCAGGUUCCACCAUGGGGGCUUGGGCCUCCACAGAGAAGUUGUCUAAUGGGUUUUAUCACUGUAGUUUGUCAAGUGGUCCAUCCUUAGGCUCAGUCGGUGCAGGCCCUUUCCCUCAUUUCCCGUCUGUCUCCCACGCAUGGACCCGGGCUUCCUCCUCCACCCUCCUUCCAGACUACGCUCAUUAUUACACCAUUGGGCCAGGCAUGUUACCAUCAUCUAAGAUCCCUAGCUGGAAGGAUUGGGCUAAGCCAGGUCCUUAUGACCAGCCCAUGGUCAACACUUUGCAACGCCGCAAGGAGAAACGAGACGCAGACCCUGCUGGGGGAGCCCAGAGUGGAACGGCUCUCUCCACGGAGGAAGCCCAAAGACCCCGGAGCAUGACUGUGUCCGCUGCCCCAAGGCAAGGGGAGGAAAUGGAAGCCUGUGAGGAGUUGGCUCUUGCUCUCACCCGAGGGUUGCAGCUGGACACUCAGAGGAGCAGCCGGGAUUCCUUGCAGUGUUCCAGCGGCUACAGCACCCAGACAACCACACCUUGCUGUUCAGAAGACACCAUCCCCUCACAGGUUUCAGACUAUGACUACUUUUCUGUCAGCGGCGACCAAGAGUCAGAACAGCAGGAGUUUGACAAGUCUUCAACUAUUCCAAGGAACAGUGACAUCAGUCAGUCUUACCGCCGAAUGUUCCACGCCAAGCGCCCUGCUUCCACUGCAGGUCUCCCCACCACGCUUGGGCCUGUGAUAGUUACGCCUGGCGUGGCAACAAUCCGACGGACCCCUUCUACCAAGCCAGCAGUCAGGCGUGGCACCAUAGGGGCAGGGCCAAUCCCCAUCAAAACACCAGUGAUUCCUGUCAAAACCCCAACUGUGCCAGACAUACCAGGAGGAGGACUGCCGAGCGUGCCCGGUGGGGCUGAAGAAAGCACUGAGCAAAGUCCUGAGGCAGGAGGUGGCCACCAAGGGGCCUCAGGUGCAUCAUCUUCAUGGAGCGGUCAAGCAUCUGUCAACCCUCCACCCGGAAGCCAGAAGCCAAGCACCAUAGAGGAGCAGAGACAGGCCGCUGCCGAAAGCGAGGGAGAGGAAAGUGAGCGGGAGAGCCCGAGCAUCACGGCUCCCCCCUGUCAGGCAGUGCCCCAGUCAGAGGACCAGAGCCCCGGGGAGUCCCCACAAGGUGAAGACAUGCUGAAUGCUAUUCGGCGGGGUGUUAAGCUGAAGAAGACCACCACAAAUGAUCGCUCGGCACCCCGCAUUUCCUAGACGCUGGACCACUGCCAGUUCCCAAUGUCACAGAGACAGAACUACCUGAUGAAAUAAGUCUCUCUAUCCAUUCCACUGUACAAUCAAGAUUGUGUAGGAUGCCCAGUAACAGUCAGCUGGAAAAGUUCUUUGAAGUGGAGGGGGCGGGGGGCGGGCGAGGAAGUUUGCAAGCUAAAAUGCUUACUGCGCAACCUCUUCCUGGCUUUUAAUUUUUUGUAAAUACUGCUGAUUCAUUUUAUUCCGUGCAUUUUUUAAAAAUCUAAGUUUCCCUCUUUACUUUUUUCUGAAGGUGCCAAAUCCCAUUUAACUUUUUUAUAACUCUUUGUAAAAGUUUUACAUGUGUAGGAGGCAGAAAAUACAAUAAACGUUAAGUAGCUUAAACUUCAGCGAGGGGGCGGGGUUCUAAUACGUUCUCACUCUUACAAGCUUUUUGUAGGUCACCUCUUAGUGACGGUGCAAGAAAUAUACAUUUUUUUACUGUACAAAGGACGUGGCAACAAACAAGUCCUCACUAAAGUACAUUGAAUUGUUUUUAUUUGAAAAACAGGAAACAGCAAACAAUUGACUAAAGCAAUAUAUAGUGGAAAAGAGAGCGCACCUGUAAUUGGUUAGAAUCUGGGGGCGGGGAUAGGAAAAGGGGAGGGACUCACUGUUGCACAAAACUAGCCUAGUGGUAGCUUCAUGGUAAAUGCAUCCGAAUAAGCCAUAUUGGGUUUCAUUGUUUGUUUAUGUAGGGAGUUUAAAGACUUUUGGGUGCUGUCCACUGGGAACUUAUUCUGUGUUUGCCUCCUUGAAAACUGUAGGGGCUGUAUAAGAUCUUGUGAAGAAAAACCUUCUCUGGAUAAUUCCUUCUGAUUCUUUUUUAUUUUAUUUUUUCAGAUAUAUGCAUAAGCAAAAUUUGUCACAUGCAUGCUAUCUUACACAAAGUAGACUUAAAACUUUGGUUUUCUCCCUUCAUACUGUGUACUUUUUAAAAAGAGAAACUACAAUACUAGAAAGUUCAAAGAAGUGAAGGUAGAAAAAUGCGUAAACUUUUUUUUAGUAGAGAGAAAGAUACCAGGGAGUUCUUAGUGAUAGCUUUUUAUCUUUUACUGGCUAUGCCCAGCAGGCUGGGCAGGUUAACAAACGGGAAAAGCCCCAAAUACUUUUGAGAAAAUGACUUAAAUCCUAAUGGGCAAACCAGCUGGGAAUUCCAGUAAAACUACAAACAUUUCUUUUAAGGGGCUUUUUCCCCCUUGUGUGUCAUUGUGCAUUGACUUUUUCCUAACUACUAAAAUAUUUGGGGAUGAGGGAGGACUGGGAGCACAGUUUUGAUUUUUAUUUAUUAGAGGGGAGGGGGUUGACCACUAUUCUUUUUUUAUUAUCAGCAUUGUAUUGGCGGGGCGGGGGGGUCUGUUACUAGACAGAAUUUAUAGGUGGGAUUUUCUUUUCUUAAAACUAAAAUUGCUGUGAUAUCCAUGUCAUGGGGUCCGUAGAAAUGUGCAUCACUCAGGCACCACAGGUGUUCCAGUUUUGUGCUUUUAAAUAUAAAUGAAUUCUGCAGUCUAAAUGGAUACCGUCUGCCUUAUCUCUAUGCGGGCAAUGCAAGCAGAAUUUUAAAAAGACCUGUGAAUCCGUGGUUGCAAAAACGCACCACCCGCAGUGGAGGAGCGAGGUCAUGCGUGAGCACACCAGCCUCUCCUCCACAGACACUCUGGAGACUCCUAUUGGCUGCCAUUUUGCCUACAUAACCUCUUUAUGCUUUAAAUACAUAAUUGCAUUGGAUGUGAGAUGUAUUGUAAAACUGUAUAGUCACUGUGUUCUAUAUACAUUUACACUGCUGUGGUUGCUUAACACUUUUUUAUGUUAUGGCUUCAGAAGCAAAAAAAAAAAAAAAGCAAGCAUGUUCCUUUGAUAACCUCUCCUUUCUUUGAAAAAACAAGCUCCUUACUACCAAACAUACAUAAAAACAGCAGUGCCUAUGGUAACCCACCAGUCUUGGUGAAACAGCUGAUGCAUUCCGCAAAUGAUGCUUCAAGAUGUUUUUCUUCAAUGAACAAUUCCUUAAGAAAUCUGUCUCAAUAGACAAGGAUGUACUCCAUCAAGAUAACCUCCUGGCAAGCUUCACUUUGAAAAACUGGCAUUUCACAGGAGCUAUGCUGUGUUCCUGCAGGACAGUAACAACUGUUUCUUUCAAUGCAGCUUGUGCAGGAGAUGUUCCUGAUGGGAUGCACCUGAGCUGUAUGUUUUAGGAAACCUUUUGGAUGCAGCUGCAGCCAGAAAUGCAGCUUUUCUCUCUAGUUCUUUAAACACUAGAAUUCCUCUCAGUUAAAUUUUUAUUAUUAAACUGUUGCCAAAUUCAAUGUUAGGAUGUGACAAACCACUUUGAAUAGUUUUGUUGGGUUUAUUUUUAUUUUUUUGUGUUCCUUGCCUAUUGUAAAAGCAGUGUCACCGUUUAAGGGGAAAAUGUUCCUAAUGGUAAGUUAUUGUGGUUUAGUUGCUAGUUUGUACUGAGAGUUGACCUCUCCCCCAUGCAGCGUUUUUGUUCAGAACUGCUAUAAAUAAAAAUUGCUGUUAACUGUGUUGCCCCUUCUACAUUGUAAUGAUUGCUUCAGCCUCUAUUAUAAAUAAAGACCUGCUGACAAACCUCUUUA